ACAAUUUGUUAGAAGCAAAUUGUAACUGCCUCCACAAGGCAAGCUUGGGCAGUUAUAAUUCACAUUCUCUUCGUUAUUAACUGCAAACCGGCAAAGGGCACAUCUGGAAUUAUCAAAAUUUCUCUGUUUCCCGCCAUUUCUCUCUCAAACCCUCGAGCAUGAGAUCACCACUACCACCGCUCCUCCGCCCCUCAUGGCCAUCCUCCUAGCCUUGACGCUCGCCAUUCUCGGGGCUGAAGCAGCAGAACCACCGCCGCCGCUACCUAGUUGCGCUGACCAGCUCGUGAGAUUCUCUCCGUGCCUGCCGUACGUGUCCUCUCCGCCGAACAACCUCUCCGACUCGCCCCCACCCAAGUGCUGUGACGCGUUCUCGCUGUCGAUGGAGUCCGGCGGCGCUCUUUGCCUCUGCUACCUGGUCCAGGAUCCUCCCAUGCUCGGGUUUCCGUUGAACCGGAGUCGCGUUCUGUCUCUGUCUUCCACUUGCCCUCUCAGAGAUAUUUCCACAAACACAAGCAGUGCACAAUCUUUGGAAUCGCUCUGCUCAGGAUCGCCAGAACUCCCUCCUCUCCGCAGCUCAACAAUUUCAGAAGUUUCUCCUCCUGGUUCUGAGUCUGUUGACAAUGCUUCAUCUCCUCUCAUGAGCUUAGCACCAGAAUCAGCAAACACUACAAGCAUUCCACCGGGAAACAGAUCGCCGACUCCACCAAGCUCAGUGGUAUAUCCGGCAAGGGUUUCUGCAGCAGUGAAGCAAAUUCACAAAAGGAACGCUUGGUUUCUACCUGCACUACUGAGUUUCCUUGUUUCCAUGUUCAUCUGACGCUUCCUACAUUCAUUGAGAUUCUAGAUGAAAAUUCCACCGCCCUUUCGGCCUUUCGCAUACUGACUUCAUCAGGAAAGCUUGUGUAGUUACCCUGUCACAUUGGCAUUCACGAAAAAUGUACAUUCACAUAUAAAUUUCUGCCUAAUUUUGAGAUGACAACCUGUGAUAGUUGA